AUGGACUUACCGGCGUCAUAUUAUGGGGAAAUUGAUAAAAGAAACCCGGUUGUUUUAACUUUUGAACGAGACAUUAACACAUUUAUAAAACUAAUGAGACGUUUGGGUUGUUCUUCGACCAGACAAGACAACGGCUCCUAUGCUAAAGGGAUUAAAACCCUAGUGGACAUACGGAAGAAGUACGAACAUCGACUGCCUCCAAAGUUGUACCAGGAGCGCAUGUUGCAGAUUGCAGAUUUUCUCUUUGGGUUAAAGCUGUACCAGCUGGCUCUUUGGCAGGGCUACAGUCUCCACCUGCUGCACUUCAGCUCAGUGAAAAUAACUGACAUCACAGAUGUGGACCACUUCAUGGGCUGCUUCUUCCCUGAAGGUUUUGAUACAGACCAAGAUACCUUUGCCAUGAAGGUUCGUGCAAUGCAUGGCUGUGCCAUGUGUAUAUUUGAGCAGGAGAAAAAUCACAGCAUCCUCAGCCAGGAUGGACUCUGUAAAGUGCUGGAUGUUCUGAACUUCAUCAGGAUCAUGAUGCAGGUGUUUCAGCAACAUGAGCACCUCUGCUGGCAUCUAUAUAAUGGUUCAUUACACAUAUACACCAUCUGCCGUUACUUGAUGACCAUGAAUUGUAGUGCACAGGCACUGGAGUACCUUCUGUGGGCAAGCAUCAGUCUAGAGCUGUCCAUCCCUCUGAUGACUGCUGAGUAUCUCCCAUGGAUUGUCACACUCUACUGUGCUGUCUGCCACUGUUACUAUGACAACCAGGCUGCAGUGCAGGCGGAGGAAUUUGCCCGGAGAGCCCUUGGAAAAAUCGACGAGCUAGCAAAGCAGGAAGAGCAGAAUGGCAUUUCUGCCACCAGAGAGACUCAGAGAGCAUUCAAAGAAGCCUCUAUUAAGCUAGCUGCCAUGAUGUUCAAGCGCGCUGUCUUUGAAGCCAGACGGAGACCCAAACCCAUGUCCAGAAUCAAAGCCAAAAGCACCUUGAAGGACAUACCUAAUGUGCCAUGGCCUCGUAAUACAACAGAGCGCAUGCUAAUGGGCCUGUUUGACAGCAGUGCAGCGCAGUUCUUGGGCAUCUUGGAAGCACUCUGGGACAGCUCGAGACGACCGCUGCAGGCGAGGAUGCCAGAUGAACCAGAGCUGCAGGAGGUGAUCCUGGAACUCCUGUCUGCUGGCAUCAGUAUAUUAUCUGGAGUUCCAGCUACUAGUAAGUCUCUUAGUGCACUGACGCCAACAUCCACUCUAAUUGAUGUAGCCAUUACAGGAGAAAACAAAGUACCCAUCAUGUCUGCGGUACGGUUUAUUAAGAUGUUGUUCCAGUACAAGCAGCCAGAUGCUUUCACUGAACUUGCCAGAGAGAUGCUGCAGGUUUUGUCUGGUGUAGAUGGGCAGUCAUUCAGGAGGGCAGAGCUGGAGCUAUCUUUACUUGACAGUUUUAACUGUCUGCUGUCUUCCCAGAGGAGCCAUCCUAGAGAGGACACCAUGGUUGAUGACAGACACAAGUCUUCUCUUUCAAUGAGUGAUGGGUUCAUUGGCCUGGUAGACACCCUGCACAAGUCGGUUUCUGGCUCUGCUCCUGAAGAGCAGCCAGAUGGGGACCUGGUUUUGGAUCUUGUGUUAUUUCUGUGGGGUAAAGUGAAGCUGGUGAUCCAGAGGGAUCAGCAGCAAAACCAGGAGUUCUCAUACCGCCUUGAGAAGGCAGAUAAUUAUGACAAGUGGCUGUGGUGUCUGUCUAUGCUGUGUGAGGUGGCCUUUGCCUGUGACCUGGCAACUGUUGACUGCAUUAUGACGGCAGAGAUGACCCACACAUUGGCCGUACUGCUAGAGAGUGCAGCUGAACACAGUAAUCACUCUCCAGGAGCUUGUGAAACAGACUGUGAGGGUGUGAAGCCAAGCUCGUUUUCUGUACUUAAGAGUUCAAGUACAGAGCUGCUUCAGAAGGUGUGUAAUGUGGUGGAGAGGGGUCUUGAAGCUCUAGCAAAGGGUGUAGUUACACUGCUGCCCAAAGAUUGCUCAGCCAUCACUGACUCUGCCUUCAUGCAGAAAUUUUGUCCCCUCCCUCAAUCGACUCCCUCCCUGUCAUCUCCAACAUCAUCAGAAAAUGGAAAUGAAGAGAAUGAAAUAAGUGAAAAGGAAAAAGACGAAGUGGAAACUAAGGCAGAGGCAAAUAGUAAAGACUCUCAACACACUCAGUCUACACGUGUGUUCCUCCUGGCCAAAGACCUUCAUCUAGAACUAAACAUCAUUCACCACAGGACUUCCCUCAAGUUACUGCAGCUCAAUGCAGUCAAGGAGUCUGAACUGUUGAACCGGGUCAAGAAGAACAAGUUGUCCAGAGCUCUUUUCCUGAUCCAGAAAGCCUUGCUGGUGUACAACAACAUGAAGCCAAAUAAGACCAACAAAACCAAGAGUCUGCUGGAGGAGGCCACCACCCUGAUAGAAAAAGCAGUGGUAGAAGAGAGAAAACUGUAUAUCUCCAGCACCCCUAAAACUCCUGCUGAAAGCAAAGAUUCAAGGACAAAGGAGGAAGAAGAGAACCCUCCACCUCCUCCCAUACUGCUGUCACGCUCUGACAACUCUUUAACUUUCGCCUCAGCACCUUAUUACUUGGAGGGACUAGUGUGCUGGUACCAGCUUUGUGGCCGUGCAGCUGAUGGCAUUAACAGGAAAGUCCGCCUCGGAGACUGCAGCCUGCCAGGAACUGGAAAUAUGGUACCAGCAAUAUCUGGUGAGUGUCUGCUGAGGGUGGAGGGGCUGGAGCCCAACCAGAAGUACGUGUUUGCUGUAGCAGCCUACAACAGGCAGGGCAAGCUACUGGGCAACACCAUAGGAGGGUCAACAUUACCGCUGCUGGCAUCCUUGCCGCUUCCAAUGCUCUCCACGUGGGCUCACUUGGCACAGGUGGCUUUUCAAACAGAGCAGUAUGCCGUAGCGAAGAGGGCCUGCAGGGAACUGUGGACUCACUAUACCUACCCUGGUGAUGGGUCCCCCAGCACACAGGAUAGACUUGCUGCCACAGGGCUGCGUGUCCAGACCCUGCAGUGCUCCUCUCCUCACCUGUGUCAGUUGUUCCUCGCUUCUAUCUUCAUUGAGACUGACAUCAACAUUCAGCAGGGAUCACUCUAUUGUGACUCAUUCAGUGACAGUGGACCAUUUAUUUGGGAACAGGAAGCCAGACUGGCAGAGUGUGAACGAAUGCUGGUGGCCAUGGACCUGGCAAUGUGGCUGAAUGAUGGUAGCGCUGCUGUGCAAGCUGCAGUUAACUGUUAUGGCCUCUUGGCACCUCUAAUCUUCCAUCAGAUUACUUGCGACCCUGUUGUACAGGUGCUAAAAAAGUGCUUGAUAGUUUUAGAGGAGAAUUCACGUCUUCUCAAACAAAAAUGGACCGAAAACACCUCAGAGUCAUUUAUGCACAUGAUAGCCUGCAUCACCUAUUACCUGUCCAAGGCAUUACGUGUGCUCAUGGAGCAUCAGCUGGCUUCGGUGGUGAUGGACUGUGGUCGCAGGUUGCUCCAAGAAGUCUAUGAUGCCCAGCUGCAAAUCAGUAGACUUGCCAGGAAAGCUGUGGGUUUAAAGAAUAGUUCAAAGACAGAUCAUGCUCCUAUCAAAUGUGAAAUGCAGCUGAAGGCACUGCAGUGGAAGAACAAGAAAAACACAGAUGAAGCAGUUCUCACUGCAGACAAUGAGAUUGCACGCCCACUGACUGGCUGUGAGGAUCCGACCAUAUUGUAUGAGCUGAUCUCCAACAGUACAUUAAACAAUGCCUAUCAACAUGUGAUGAAGCUCAGACGUAAGGUAUAUUUUACUGAGUUUGCGGCACUACUUCUCCAGAGAGCCAUGGAAGAAGGCCACCCAGACCUUGUGUUAAAGUGGGGACAAAGCAUGUUUGAAUUUCUGUCCAGGCGUGACAAGGUGAUGGGACUGUCCACAAAAAGUUUGGAGGGAAACACUUUGAGUAAAAGAAGAAGUAGUGCUCAGACUCUUAAAGGAAAUGAACCACCACAGCAGAACAAGAACACACCUUCACACGAUGAUACAAGAAAGAAACUAAAGCAGAAAAUGCCACAAAGUAUGCUCCAGAGAGUGAGAACCAACAGGGAAAUGCAGGCUGUGGAGAAUCUGCUGAACAUGAUGUCGUCCGUGGUGCAACGCCACAAGAAGCAGCUUCAGCUGAGGAACAUGUGCUGCGAGGAGAGAGUGUGGAAGUCUCAGCUCAACUACAGCAUGGCUCAAGCCCAUUUAGCUGUGCUUUACGAAGGCCUGCACCAGCUGCACGCAUGUGCACUACAACACAGUUACAGUCAGUUUAAUCCUGAAUGUUUCUCUCUGGCCUACUCUGGCAUCCUGGUGCGGAGGAACUCACAGCUACAACAGUCUUCCAAAUAUGAAGUUGUCUCAGAGAGGGACUCCUCUGACUCUGGUCAAAGGGAAUGUGUGGCUGCACACAAAGACAGGAACAAAAAAGAGGUCAGAAUGGAUGACUCUUUCACAGAGGAGAGUUGUGAGGAGGGAGAGGACUCCUCUCAAACUGUGGAAGAGCAGAUGGAGACACAAAAAGUCACUGCUGGCUUGCUGCUGGGCUCACUUAACGAAGCUGCAUUACAUCUCAGAAGGGCUAUGGUUUUGGCACAUCGUGGCAGCCACUGGACCAAUCUGCAGCAUGUGUGUCAGACAGUGUGGGACCAAAGCUGCAGAAUCACUGUCUUAGUACAGAGUGUUGCUCAGUUUGAGCCUCCCUCCCCGAUCACAGUGAACCAGCUGCACACCACCUUCACCCCUCUACUGAUGCUGGCAACUGACCUUAUCAUGGACAUGCUGAACAGACUCGGGCUGUGGAGUUUGUAUGACAGUGAUUUGACUGAAGAGGAACUAGAGUCCAGUCUCCAUUUCUCAGCUGCUCUGGAUAACAGCACACAGGUUGACCUGCGUUGGAUCCGCACCCUGGUGCUGCACACUCUGGAGCGUCUCCAUGAUAGUGGCAAAUGGGAAAGUCUGGCCCACCUUGCUUUAGUUUUCAACUCAUACACAAAGGAACGUUAUGCCUUGAUCGUAACUCCUCUCCUAGUCCAUGCUCAGAGGAGGCUACUUGAAAGAAUUAAUUCUUUUGGAGGACCUGCAGUCCCUCAACCACACCAUGUCAAGACACAGAAGGCCACUGGCAAGGAGGUAAAUUACAGGAACUACGCAGGUUCCCAGCUUCUCAUUGGGUGGACCCCUCAGCCUGCACAGCAACUGCCCAUUUACAAAAAAGCAGCACUAACAAACUCCACUCCUCGAGAUGCGGUUGAUCUUAAAGAUGCAGAGAAACAGCACUCCAUGUCUCUUGUGUGCGUUCCUCUGGAUGUAGAAGACACACUGAGCUGUUACCGUCAAGCUCUUGAGAGAAGACCACACUGUCUUCACAUGUUUGGGCAUAGUCGCUCAUUACUGCUGCUACUUCUCGCAUACACAAAGCCCUGCUCUGCGGCACAGCUACAACACAGUCAGAACAGAAGUCUCAGCCAAUCUGCAAGCCUGGUUGAUUUCAGUCCCUUAGUUAUGCCUACUCCAAACAUCCAACCUUGGGACCUGACAGAAGAGGACUAUAGUACUCUGAAUGCUCUCUACAGCCUCCCAAUCAGCCCUGAUCACAUGCCGACUGUCAGUGCUGCAUACUCCAUCUCUAUUAAGUAUCUCCAGGCCAACAAUCACGACUCCCUCAGAGUUCUGGCACUGCAUGAAAUGGGAAAUCUGCAGUUCUACAGUGGAAACACACGGGCAGCACACUCACACUGGAGAAAAGCUAUAGACUGUGCUUUACAGAGCUCAGGUGCUGUAGAGAAAUGGGAUGGCGUGUCCUUUGGGGGUGGCACCCUGCAAGACACGCUGAAACAGGCAGGCGUUUGGGGGUGUUUACAGGCUGCUGGACUCACUGCUAAGAUUGCACAGUUUAUCUUAACAUCUGAUAUCAGCCAGAGGACCGAGUGCUGUCUCAUGUCUGCACACCUCUUUAAGUGUGUGCUGUGUUGCUCCCUGGCUCAGCCCCAGGCCGACCUCCAGUACGCCUCUCACAACAUCGGAGAUGAACUGCUCCCUGGGGUCGACCUUUUCUCUGAACCCCACAGGGUUCACCCCAGCACCACUGUAACCAGCCUUAACUUUGUCUGCCAUUGGCUUUACGCCACAGGCUACUAUAUCACGCUACUGCCCACACUAGCCCUUUACCUACAUUUUGUUGGGACUGUGUGCAGAGAUGUCCAACGCUAUGUUGAGGGCAGAAUACUUAAGAUGCGUGCCCUCACUGAACUGUGUUUGUUCACUGAAGCUGUGAAAGAGGCAGUUCAGCUCACAAAAGGAACAGGGGUCCCUCUGCCUUAUGGACACUUCAUCACCAAAGACAAACUCCAUCCUAUGAAGACGUUCUACAGCAACAAGUCUCUCCUGGACAAUUCUGAGGCUUUGGAGGAACUUGUGAACUGUGACUUUGCUGCAGGAAUCCGAACGCUGUAUGGAUCCACCUUGUGCCUCCGAUUCAACCUUGCUCGUGUUCAACUCAUCCUGGCACUCUGUAACACUGUACAUGACCCUCCUGUGCCAGAUGAUGAUAAAGGAGAAAGUUAUGCCGGCAUAUCAAGCUCUCUGGUAAACUCAAACCCCCAUGAACAGGACAGAGGGGACACUGAGGCCUCCUGUUCAGCGGCUGAGAAGCAAAAAGUGCUGACCCUUGAUACAGCGAAGGAGACGCUAACUCUAGAAAGGAUUAAGUUCCUUUUGCUAGAGGGAGCAUCCAUCUUGUUGCACUCCAUUUCGCAGCAGCUUACCUCUCAGUCCUGUAGCAAAAUGGAGAACCUGGAACUGACAAUAGAGUUCAAUCUUCUAAAGACCAACCUGUACCUGCAGCAAGGACAUGUUGCAAACAGUUGUGAGAUGGCAAUUUCAUGCUUGGUGCUGAUGCAGACUUCUCCUGUGAUCAUGAGAGAGACCUUACCUGACUCUCAGAAACAUGCGUCUGAGGUCCCACAUGGCAGGACUGGACGUGAACAGGUUACAUCCUGUCUACAGGGUUGUAGUUUGUCAGCCCCCCUGCAUGGAGACUGUCCCAAAGCAGUUGAGGCCAGUGAGAGAAUUGGAGUUUCUCUGUGGCUGCGUUGCCGCCUGGCUGUGGUCCGCAGCAUGGCUGCACACCUCCCUGACACUGCUGCCCUUUUCCCAGGUAAGAACAUCAAUGAGGAGGUAGCUCAGGUGUUACAGGAGAGUCUGGAUGAAUGUGCACAAUGGGGAGACCUCGAUAUUCAAGCCCUUUUGAUGGUCGAAUGGGCAGAAUUGGAGGCACAGAGAGGCAAGACUGAUGACAGCAUGACACUGCUACAGGAAGCAGUGACCCUGUUGUCAGGACGGACGUGCAUGCCACCAGGGUCCAGUGUUAAUCUGGCUCGGGCCACUUUGCUGCUUAGUGAACUGAGAGGAGUGCAGAGCACCACACUGCUAAAACUGACUCAGAAACUACUGAUAAAGCAGCUGUGUGUUUUUGGUCAAAGUGCGGUGUUGGAUGAUGGAAAACUGUGUUUCACUCCUCCUGGACCCAACAACAUCUAUCUCCCUUAUCUGAACGUACUAGAUCAAUUGACUGAGCGAAUUGGUCACAUCCUGGAUCUCAGUGACAAGCAAAUGCCAGUCUCUGGCCAGUCAUCACCAUCCAGUUCCAGGCAACAACUGCGCCAGUCCAGACAGAUUUCUCUGAAAAUCCCAAGCCCCUCCAGUCCUCUAUAGUAGAGUGACACACAUAUCGUGCUGUAACUUGCACAGCUCUCUCCUAGUCAGUCCUUUGCCUGUUGAGAAACAAAGUUGGAUGCUGACGUGAGUGUAA